UUUUAUUUUGAAAUCUCCAACCUGAAAGUAGUUCUUUUACAUCCGACACUCUCCUGGAAGCUGUCGGUCAAAACUUCUCCAAGUUGUGUUGAUUUGUUUUUUCCCCCACGAAGACCUCCGUUUUUCUCAGGGCCCGUGUAGGCGCGAGUGUCCGCGUCAGGGCGCUCCUUCGGCGGCCUUCCUCCGCUCCACGAGCCGCUGGCGGGUGUUAGCAUCUGUUAGCCUGCGGAAGCUAACGGGCUGAAGGCGGAAGUGGUUGUGCGUCUCGCUGCAUUUUGCUUUUAGCUCUUUCCCACCGCCAUUGUUUGUCGUGGAGCACACUGCGGCAUGUGGAGGGUGACUUUACUAGCCUUCAGUGCUCUGCUGCUGGCCUUCGUUGUGGACAAGUUAGCUCUGGGCUGGUUCCAGCACAGCCUCGCCGGCACCAGCACGGAGCAACGCGAGCAGGGCGAGCAGAGCUGCUUCUGCCAUCUGACGGGCGUUCUUGACGACUGCUUCUGUGACGUGGAGAGCAUCGACCUGUUCAACAACUUCAGGAUCUAUCCUCGCAUCAAGAAGCUGACGGAGAGAGACUACUUCAGGUACUACAAGGUCAACUUGAAGCGGCCGUGUCCAUUUUGGCCAGAUGACGGUCAGUGUGCCAUCAAAGACUGCCAUGUGGAGGCCUGCCCGGAGAGCAAGAUUCCUGCGGGCAUCAAGUCUGGGAAUUACAACAAGUAUUCCCAGGCUGCCAACAACAUGGCAGAGUGCCAACAAGUGGAGGAACUUGGCGCCAUCAACAGCACGCUGAGUAAUCAAAGCAAAGAGGCGUUUGCUGACUGGGCGAGACACGACGACGCUCAGGAUCAUUUCUGCGAGCUGGACGACGAGACGUGUCCUGACGCCGAGUACGUGGACCUGAUGCUCAACCCGGAGCGCUACACGGGCUACAAGGGGCCGUCGGCCUGGAGGGUGUGGAACAGCAUCUACGAGGAGAACUGCUUCAAGCCCAGGUCUGUGUACCGACCUUUGAACCCGCUGGUCCCCAGCAGAGGAGACGAGGAUGGCGAGGGCUUCUACGACUGGCUGGAAGGCUUGUGUUUGGAGAAGAGAGUGUUCUACCGCCUCAUCUCAGGCCUGCACAGCAGCAUCAACAUCCACCUGAGUGCCGAGUACCUGCUGGACGAGGGGUGGGGCCACUCCGUGUGGGGCCCCAACGUGGAGGAGUUCCGUCGCCGCUUCGACACGGCGGAGACAAAAGGCGAGGGCACGCGGCGCCUGAAGAACCUCUACUUCCUGUACCUGAUAGAACUGCGCGCGCUCUACAAGGUGGCGGCGUACUUCGAGCGCGCGGUGGUGAACUUGUACACGGGCAACGCUCAGGAGGACGCCGCAACCAAAGAGCAGCUGCUGCACUUCUUCAACGAGCUCAAAACUUUCCCCAUGCACUUUGAUGAGAAGUCCAUGUUUGCUGGGCACCAGAAGGAAGCCAAGAGUCUGAAGGAAGAAUUCCGGCUGCACUUCAAGAACAUUUCCAGGAUUAUGGAUUGUGUCGGUUGCAGUAAAUGUCGUCUUUGGGGAAAGCUGCAGACGCAAGGUCUGGGUACCGCCCUCAAGAUCCUCUUCUCCGAGAAGCAGAUCAAGAACCUUCCGGAACAUUUCCCCUCCAAAGGCUUCCAGCUCACUCGCCACGAGGUGGUCGCCUUGCUCAACGGCUUCGCCAGGUUGUCCACUAGCAUCCAUCAGCUGCACAACUUCCGCCUGCUGCUGAAGGAGAAGCGGUAACAGGAAGUGACCAGCAGGUGGGGACCGCCCCCACCCUCCCCAGACCUGCUACCUGCCUUGUACAGGUGUAUGAGGAUGAGUACAUUUAAUUUAUUCAGGGAAACUCCGCCUCCUGCUGACAUCAUGGCCUUGGAUCCCGCCCCACGUGCGACACGAUCACAUGAUUUGUGAAAAUAAACUAUAGAGUGUGUGGUCAUGUGAUCACGUAGAAGGAAGUGGACCAAAGAUGUCGCUUGCUUUUGAGUUUGUUGCCGUAGAGACAAGCUGCUUUGAUGAAAUAAUGAUUAAAUGUCACAGUUUGUCCUUUAAA